AUGGAGCGGAUGAUGAGUGUGCAGGUAGUUGUACGAGACCAGAUCGAUCCCAUCGCCAGCGGGCUAGUACCGAAACUUAUCGAGUCGUUUCUAGACUGCACCACUUGGUGGACGGUCGAAAAGGCGGCAUGCAGCGGGUACCUUUCGCUUUUGAAUCGGCUCAGGGAACGAAACGCUACGAUCACAGCUCAUGGUAUGGACUGGUCCAUGCGAAUCGCAGCUAUAGAGGGCCGCCUCGACGUCGUGAAGUGGCUCACAGCUUAUCGUCCAGAAAUGAAGAUUUCAACUCGUGUGAUGGAUGCUGCUGCCUUGCAGGGAAAUUUGGACAUUGUCAAGUGGCUCCACGUAAACCGAAGUGAGGGGUGCUCUGUACACGCAAUGGACAGCGCUGCAGCAGGUGGUCACCUGCAUGUCGUCCAAUGGCUACACGAAAAUCGCACAGAAGGAUGUACACGAGCAGCAAUAGAUACCGCUGCAGCGGGGGGUCACUUGGCCAUUGUUCGGUGGCUCUGGGCGCAUCGCAUCGAAGGUUGCACGACUGUCGCCAUUGACUUCGCCAUUUGCAACGGUCAUUUCCCCGUUGUGAAGUGGUUCAGCGAACUCGCAUCGUAUCAGCCAAGAAUUGCCAGUCAUACGGCAGGAGUGUCCAUUAAAGGCCAUACGUGCAUCAAGAAAGACGUUGGCGGUCGAGCCACACUUAUUUUCGAGUAA